AUGGUGGCCCACGGUGUCCUCUGGAUCCUGCUUGGAUUCCUGCUAUGGCCGGAGCCGGGGACAGCCUCCCUGCCCCUGCUCAUGGACUUUGUCAUCCAGGCCCUGGGUGAGCUGGAGAAGAAGGCACCUGAGGCUGCUAUGAGCCCCAAGUCUGCCCCAUGGUUGCUGUUAGCCCAGGACAUGGACCCCCAUGAGCCCCUCCACCACUUCCUGAUGGAAGGGCAGGGCUUCAGAGACAGUGAGCUGAAUCCCCACCUGCUGAGCCCAGAGCUUCGCGGCCUAAUGGAGAAAGUUGUCCAACAUAGUGUCCAGGGCGGUCAGGAGUACGGGGUGGUGCUGGCCCCUGAUGGUUCGACUGUGGCCAUGCAGCCACUACUCACAGGGCUAAAGGCAGGGCUGCAGGGGCACAGGAUGGUGAACUUGACCUUAAAUAGCACAGAACCCGCUCGAGGUGUUGGCGUUAUAACCCCAGGGGUAAGAGCCACCAUCCCAGGACACAGAGUGGCCUCACUAGAUGUCACCUCUCGGAAUGCAGAAGCCCACAUAUCAGAUACCAGAGUCACAUCUCUCACUAGUGUGGACAGCCUCCUGGUGGUCACCCUGGCCAGGGACCUGGGCCUUGCCUUUCUCCAGAACCACGCUGGCUGGGGAACAGAAGGCUGCUGGAACAAGCUUGAUGCCCCCCAGAACUUCACCCUCCUGGACCCCGAAGCCUCACCUCUCACCACAGCCUUCCUCAAUGGUGCCCUGGAUGGGGUUCUCCUGGGAGACUAUCUGAGUAGGACCCCUGAGCCCCGGCCACCUCUCAGCCUCCUGCUUAGCCAGUACUAUGGAGAUGGUGUGGCCCAGGAACCAGGACUCCGAAGCAACUUCCGGCGACAGAAUGGGGCUGUUUUGACCUCUGCCUCAACCCUAGCCCAGCAAGUGUUGGGAGCACUCCUCCUGUUACAGGAACUGGAGCCUGCACACCCCCAAGUGCAGGGCAUGAGUCACGAUCAGCUGGCUCAAGUGGCUAGCAAGGCCACCAAGGAAUUCACUGAGGCUUUUCUAGAAUGCCCCGCCAUACACCCCCGCUGCCGCUGGGACGCGGCUCCAUAUAGGGGCCAACCGACGCCGCUGAAACUGCCGCUUGGCUUCUUGUAUGUGCACCACACAUACAUACCCACGCCUCCCUGCACCAGCUUCCAGCGCUGUGCGGGCGACAUGCGCUACAUGCAGAGGUACCACCAGGACACGCGCGGCUGGGACGACAUCGGCUACAGUUUCGUGGUGGGCUCAGACGGCUACGUGUACGAGGGCCGCGGCUGGUUCCACGUGGGCGCUCACACGCGCGGCUACAAUUCCCGCGGCUUCGGGGUGGCCAUCGUGGGCAACUACACGGCGGACCUGCCCACCGAGGCCGCGCUGCGCACCGUGCGCGACGAGCUCCCGCGCUGCGCGCUGCGCGCCGGCUACCUGCACCCAGACUACAAGAUGCUGGGCCACCGCCAGCUCGUGAGCACAGAGUGUCCUGGUGACGCUCUCUUCAACCUGCUGCGCACGUGGCCGCGCUUCGCCCCGGAUAUCAAGCAAAGAACUGCCAGGAGGGCUUCUCGGAGGUCCAGGAGGGAGCCAUCCCCAAAACUGCCAGCUGCAGACUCCUAA